AUGGUUGCAGAUGGACCCCAGUCGUGGGGUCCACUUGCAUCCAUGUUCAGAGAGCUUCAAGUCACGUAUGGCGUGGACAAGGCCGCUGUUCGUCGCCUUUGUGAGGCGGUUGGCACAUACGCGGAGCAGCAGACGGCUGAGCUGUGUGAGGAAGAGAGUGCACUGCGCCGGCAAUACGAGCGCCUGACAGAGGCACACAACCAGCUCACGGAGGACUUUGCACGCCUGGACAACGACCUGCAUGAUGCUCUUGCUUCAAAACAGAAGGCCGCAGAGUGCCAGGCCGACAACACACGUCUCCAUACCACGGUGGCCGAGCUGGAGGCGGAGGUGACGAAGCAGAAGCAGCGGCGCGCGGAGGUGCAGCAAGCACUGGAUGACGCAAAGAGGGAACAGGCGCAGCUGCAAGGACAGGUGAAGCGCCUGCAGACGGAGAGCGAGAGCCUGAGGACAGAGCUGAAGAUGUUUGAUGCAGACAGGGACCUACGCGCGCUGACUGUGAAACAGCUGGAAACAGAGCGAAACGACGCGGUGAGCUCCAUGACGAAAUUGGAGGCGGACCUUGCCAACGCAACAAAACGCAUCCAAUCUCUGGAGGACGAGCUGGUGCACAGAACGGAGGAGGGCGCCGCACAGGAGUUGCAAGUGCGAAACCUGGAGGAGGCAGUCAUGAUCCGCGACACAAAGAUCGACACGCUGACGUCAGAGAUGGACGAAGUGAAGACACUGCUGUCGUCGCUGGAGGGCUCAGACCAGGCCGGGCCCACGGGCUCUGUAUUGGACGAGAUUGAGGACCUGGUGCUGACGCAGAUACGCGAGGAGACGGGCGACAUUGAGGCGAACAACCGCAUGACGGUGGCGCUGCUGCAGCGGCUCCUGCCGAGCAUGGAGGAAACAAAGGUGGCCAGCAAGCCCAUCACGUCCGUGCCAGCUGAUGAUGACGAUGAUGAUGGCGAUGAUGGUGACAGUGACGGUGAUGAUGAUGGUGAUGAUGAUGAUGACAGUGGUUCCCAGGAUGAAGAAAUGUCGCUGGCAGAUGCCUUUGCGCGUGUUGGGGAAAUGCAUACGAGCGACGAUGGGGCUGAACUGGGGAAGAAGGGCGCUGAAGAUGAUGCAGUUGACAGCAGCGCCCCCGCACUGCCAUCCAAUGCACGCACAUCACCCGACCUGGAGCCGAGAAUACAACAACAACAACAACAACAACAACAACAACAACAACAACAACAACAACAACAACAACAACAACAACAACAACAACAACAACAACACCGACCGGCUGCUGCUGUGGCAAGUGAGGCCACGACCCAGCAGCAGGGAUCAUUGCACUCACAUGCAGAUAUCAAGGACGGCGACCGUGUACAUGGUGAUGGUGCCCUUGAUUUCAUUGAUGACAACAAUGAUGACGACGAUGAGGACAUGACACAAGUGAUCAUGAACAGCAGCAGCGCUGCCCGCCACACGCGUGAGAGCGACGGACGAAGCGAGGUGUGCAGUGACGGCCGAAGCGAGACGUCGAGCACGGCGAUGGAGGACAAGCUGAACCAGGUUCUGCGGGUGUACGCUGCAUCGACGCAGCACAUUGCUGGCGUGAAGAUUGUCACCCGCGAGACAGCGCAGGGAAUGUCCAUGCAGGAACUCAAGUCCACUGCGCACGUGUUGAAGGAGCUGAUUGCCGCGAGAAACAGGCUGCUGCUGCGCACACUUGCAGAGCGGGAACAGCUGAGAAAUGAGAUUCAUUUGAAGGAACGCGUGCUGAAACCCGUCCUUGAUAUCGCCCGUGCACAAGCAGCGGCAGCGUCCUCAUCUUCGUCAUCAUCAUCGCUGCCAUCAACACCCAUGAGCACGCGUGCAAGCCAACAACAGCAGCAGAAGGAUGGCCGUGGGGCCGUCAACACCUCACACCAAACACCAGGAGCAUCAUUGCCUGCCCGCACCACAGCCACCGCAAGCAACAACACCAACAACAACAACGCAGCCAACAACAACGGCAGCGGCAGCAAGGUACGGUCGCUUUUCUCUCCGUUUUCAUCGCAAUCGGCACCAGCAGCGUCCACGCCAACGCGGCGCGGUCUCGGGCUCAUUGCAUCGCUUUGGGGAUCAAAGAGCACAAAGGAGGGCACAGAACUCAACGUCUGA